CACACACAUCUCGCAGGCAGCGACCGUCCUCUCGCUCCACUCCUCCCCAGCUCUCCCAGUUUGCGGAGCUCUGCCACCGUACCAGUCCAGCUUCUCCCCCUCCUCCUCCUCCUCCUCCUCCACCGCCGCCACCACCACCCUCUCCUCCUCCUUCUCCGCAGAUUUGCUCGACGGUUCCCGGCUGCCAGGAGAAGGAAGCGUGGCGGCGAUCCGCUCUGUGGAGAAGAAUGUGAUGACUCACGCAAGGCAGAAAGCUUCCCUCAGGCAGAGCCACAGUAGUGCUGAGUGGUGGGACGGCAGCCGUCUUUGCCCACAUGGUGGCGCCAUGGGCGGCGCCUGGCCUGAGCGCACGCUACGAUUCGGAAGGACAAAGAAAAUAAGUGAUAUCAUCAAACAGGGGAAAGGCACGACCAAGAGGGGAAAGGAGAUGAGAGGAGGGACAAAGAGAUCAGAUCAGGGCAGAAAGCUGGACCGGAGACGAGACAAGAAACGGGACCGGAAGUUGUACCCUUUACGAGGGAGGGCAGGAAAUUCUGAUGGGGACGGGCUCAGCUGCCAAGUCAUCCUUACCCGAUUAGAAGAAAACCUGCGUGAAAAGGAGAGGUCGAAAGAAAAGAGAGGACGAGACGGUUGCAAGUCAAAAUCCAAAAAAGGGAAAAGCAGAGAAAGAAAAGGGGCAAAAAAAAAAAAAACCAAAUUAAAGUCAAGCCGGCCCAGUUAUGCUGAGUGUAUUGAGCUGGGAGACCUACAACCACGCAAACGCAGACUAGCCUCUCUCAAUGCUGAGGCAGUGAACAGCUUGCUGCUUGAAAGACCCACUGAUGCCCAACCAGCAGCCAAACAGGCCAGGAGACUGGAGGAAUCUGCAGAUGGAGGGCUUUCUCUGGAUGCAGAUCCAGCCAGAAAUGGUGUUCCUGGAGGUCUGAAGGCUUCACGAGGGAACAUCAAUAAAAUCUCAACAUCUCACAAGCUUGAGCUGAGCCAAAGCUCUAAGCUUGGCAAAAAUGCCAAAGUUAACCGAAGUGAUGAAAGCGUUUGGGUGAGCCAGGCAUGUUUGGAUGCCCCUGCGCCCAGACGGUUGGCUGGUCUUAAUGCUGCAGCCCUGCUGAAGUUAACUAGUUCCUCUGCUACUAGUAAGCAGAGAGUAAAGGCUGCUCCAACGGCUACUGUCACAUCAGACUGUGCAGCUCCUGCUGCAGCCUCAGCCCAAAAACAGCACCCCAGGGUCAAACUGCAACACAAGGGACGCAUACAAAAGAGGAAAGGGAAAAAAGCCCCCCCUCUUCCCAGUGACUGCACAGCUUGUAAGAAAAAAGCAGAUUUUGAGCCCAAGGUAGAGUGGGAGUCAGGCAGCUGCACUCAUAGAUUGACUAAACCAGGCUACCAGUCUCGCAGCAUGCUCGCAUACCCCCUGAAGCAAGUGAAGGAAGAGCAGCUGGAGACUGAGCUGAGCCCGUACUACUGCUGUCCUUCAGAGGGCUCCAUGGAAUACUGCCAUCGCUUGGCCUUUUUCCUCGGCCAGCAGCCCUACGGAGACUCUGACGAUCAGUCACUCAACUCAGCCAUGACCCCUGUGAAGCGCGAGUGCCUAGUAACCUCACCAUCGCUCACGCAUUCCCACCCACACACAGCCCUCACCCUCAGCCCUCACCCUUGCCUCUGCACCGCCGACCACUGCUUCUCCAGCUACUACGUCCACAUCGCCCACCCAACACACACUGGAACAAGUUCAGCCUCCCUGACCUCGCAACCUCUAAACUUUACCCCCUCAAGUAUCUGCUCUAAUCCCAUGACUGGCUCUAAGGUGCUGGGACGGCAGGUGGCCCAUCCCACGGGGCUACCACACCCUGCCUACUGCAACUCGGUGACUUCGCCCUGUUACAGUGAGGCCUGCAGGAUCAGUGGCUACACCUACAGAGCGAUGCCCCCAGUCACAAGCAGGGCUUGCUCUUUCAGUGCAGGGUGCACUGGAUGCACACACAGCAUCAAAACAGAGGCUUUCUCCUCCCCACGGGGCGAUCAUAGCCCCUCUCUUCUGGUUCCCCCAACCAUGCCCAUCUCCAGCUGUCCCCUAUCCAACGUACCGACAUCCACUCAGACUAAACCCCGCCUGCUCACCUCCUUGUCUGGACGAGACCAGCCCCAGGCCAGGUUAAUGCUUGCCAAGGAAUGCCCACAGAGCACCAAGGCGUCCAAUGGCUCCCUGUCCAUGGGCCGCACUCGGCUUCCGACGAAACAGACAUCAACUGUGCCGAGCCUCGGCAGCAACAAACAGAAGAAGCUCAGCCGCAGACGUGCAACAAAUGGCUGGCGGCCUGUUGGAAUGCCCACAGAGAGGGAGGUCUUCAUUGCGGGGGAGGAUGAGACAGCCCUGCGGCAGUGUUACGAAGGAGUCGAGAGGGACGGUGAAGUGAUACAUGUCAGAGACACUGUGCUGCUACGAUCUGGCCCCAGGAAGAAAUCCCUCCCAUAUGUUGCCAAGAUAUCAGCUCUGUGGGAAGACCCCAAAACAGGAGAGCUGAUGAUGAGCCUUUUCUGGUACUAUAGACCUGAGCACACCCAGGGAGGCCGAGAUCCCAGCGCACACUGUGAGAAUGAGAUUUUCGCCUCUCGGCAUCAGGAUGAAAAUAGUGUGGCCUGCAUAGAAGACAGAUGCUACGUUCUCCCAUUAGCCCAGUACUGUAGAUUUUGUGCCUUGGUGAAGCGGCGUGCCGAGGGCGCUCCACCUGGCAGUGCCAGCAUGGUGCCCUUCCGCCCUGACUUUGCCCCCCCUUCCCACCGCUGUGUGCCCACAGACGUCGACCCUGAGUUGGUGUAUCUCUGCCGGCAUGUCUACGACUUCCGCUACGGCCGCAUCUUGAAGAACCUGCAGUAGAAGAGAGAAGGCUGUCAUACCUUCCAAUUAAUCAUCACAUAGCUCCGCCUCCUGCACAGAAAAAAGAGGAGGGGCAUCGAAGGACCGAACACCCCUGUUUCCUGCUCACAGGGGGGGAAAGGGGAGUGAUGGGAUGGAUUCAGUUUUUGCAAACAUUUAGACACAUUAGAAGCACAGAUCCCUUUAGGUGAGUACAGAGGGGUUAGAAUUUGAUGAUUAAAUCCAUCUCAGAUGAAGCAAAGAGAGAAAAAUUCAUUCAUCAACUCCACUCUGAUGGAAGCUUGUGUGCUCCACCAAGCCCCGACCCCACCAUCCCUUUCCUGCCCAGAACGCCGAACACCAGGCCGAGCUAGGUUUCAGUCAGAACCGUGUUUCCCCAGAUGCAGCUUAGCACAACAAUCAUGUUUGUUCCAUUUGUAAGCCGCUGGCUCAGGGGUGAUCCGGUGCUAAGGUGCAUCCAGGGAACACAAACCUGCGCUGCCAGCUCGGUUUUAACGUUGUUCAACUAGCCAGGAUGAAAGAGCAGCUAAUGCAGAGUCGUCUUAUUUCUCCUGAUUGGUGUGAGUGAGUGUUAAAUAUGUGGGCACGUUUGCUCAUUUUAAUGAAAUCAAACCAAACAAGAAGCUUCAGAUGAAGUGAAGCUUUCCAUCACAUGGCACUGACAGAAACAGUUUUAUUAUGAGUCCUGCUCAGUAAAAACUGAAAUACUGUACCUGUGACAGAUCUUUACUCUGAGAGCAGGACUUCUUCAAGUCAGAACAAUGAAAUGGCUUAGAAAUGAUAUCUGUUGAUUAAAAUGGUAAAGCUAUUUGUGAAACUUGGAUCUCAGACACAGAUACUGCUUUAUUUUAUUUUAUUUUAUUUUAUUUUAUUUUAUUUCCUGUGACCUGCCUUAUGACUUGCAGGGAGAAUUUCAGGCAGCUAGUUUCACCACCUGUAGUCCCAAAAGUGUCGGGCUGGAAACGAGCCGUUAUAAUUUUCAAACUGUAAAGUGGUAGAAAAUAGUGUAAAACAUAAAUCACAACAAUCCAAUUUGCAAAGAAAUGUCAUUGUAUGAUGUAUGAUGAAGAAAAAUACCCAAUUUGAGUAGCUAAAAUUUGUCAUUUUCUGUGCUCACUGCUGAUAAAUCUCCUGCAGUUAUGCCCUCAGUGUAGCUGCUUGCCUGGCGAAUGUUGGUUGUGAUUCUGCAACUAGAUUGAACUUCUUUUCUUGCCCCUCCCCCUUCAUGCCCACCAAGCUCCCCGCCCAGCCAAGAUAAAACCAAAGGAUGUCACACAAGCCAGUAUUCCCAUCUCCUCCCUCGUACUACUUCUCGCCAGCACUUAUCGUUAGAUUGCACUAAUCCAUUCCUUCAUGAUGAGGGGUGUGCUCGACUUCUCCACAUUUUUAUUUUAAAUUCCGGCUUAAAAUCUGUUACCAUGGUGGGAAUAAUGGGGGGUUACUGUACAUGACAUGUCUGUGUGUGUGUGCGUGUGUUUUUUUUUUUUUUUUUUUUUUUGAAGGAAACCGUCAGGAAGCCAUGGCUGCUUUUGUCAGUGCAAGCUAUUUCUAUUAUUUCACCAGUAGAGGAAUCAGCCAACGUGUUUGUCAUGUUACCUGAUGCUCCAUCUGUUGAAUCCCAUGGAAUAUAAACAGACUGUAUAGAUAUAUAGCGCUGGAGUCAUUCCAUUUACUUUGUUCUUUUUUAUCAGCUCUGACAUGCGUAUAUAAAUAUACAGUAUAUAUUUAUGAUGUAUCCAAACUGUUAAUGUGAUUAGAUUUUAGGAAGGCAUCAGGAUGGAAGCCUGACUUGCUGUGCGGAUAAACGUAGCAUCGUGAUUGAUGUGUAUUUGGAUUGAAGGGGUGUUUUAUUUAAAACUUUAAAUCGAGCUGGGGUUGAUUUCAGACCAUGCUCUUCCAUUGCCUUUUUAAACAUGCAAGUGUUUUACUGUCACUCGAGUAGUGUCGGAGUGUGUGUACCUUUAAGACCUAUAAAGAAUACCUAACUGCUUUCCUUUGAUGCGGCAAACGUCCUUUUCAUCGCAUAAUGAGAAGCCGUAAAAGUUUUCCAAACACUAAAGCCAUCUUUUAACGUUAAUGUGAGCAGCGUGAAUCUUAACCUAAAACUUAAUCAAUUUUCAUUUAAUUUUUUCUUUCUAUUAAUCCCUCAAAGAGGUCCCAUAUAUAUUCUCCUACUUUACAAUUUCUCCUUCCUAAGAAUAUUUUAUUAAAUCAAUUUCCUAAGAUGGCAAAUGCAAUAUAUUUUUAGACUAUUUUUAGAAAAUAAAUUUAACAAGUCAAGAGAAGAAUAUGCAUUAUUGUUUUAAGUUAAUUUCAGAUGAGUUUUAAAUCUUCACAGCGUUAAUCAAGAUUUGACCAAAUGAAAGAACACAAAGGGACCCGAUGCCAUCACAUGACCUGAGAUUGUAGAUGACAGGCAGUUAUGGGUUUUCCCCUUCCAGGAAACGUCUAACGAAAUGCACAUAUCUGAAUCCAGGAAGCACUGGGCACUCUUUGAACAAGCAGACAGACAAUGCACAGCGUAGUAUUUUUGCAAGAUCUGUAAUUAUAUUUAAAGCAAAAAAAAAAAAAAAAUUAAAGGAGAAAAACAAUUAAAUAUAUUAUUAUUUCAGUUUAACUUAUUUGGACAUACUGAUACUGUCUUAUUGAUAAACGGAUAUCCUGUGUUUUCGUGUUUCAGGAUCGAAAUAAUUUGUUUAUUUGUAACUUAAGAAUUUAGAGAAUUAAUUUGUAUAGUUUAACAACUAUAGUUAUACAGUUAUAGCAUACAGAUGUUAUGGGGUGGAGACCAGACCAAACUAUACAACAGCAGACAGGUGAGCAGAGGUGCUCUGAUCUGGUCCAAGGUUAGAAAAAUCAGAUCAGAUCUGAAACAUGCUGAAAGAGACUACUUGCAUCCUUUCUGCCCCACCUCACUGACCUUAAGUGUGCCAUUUGGGAGAAUGGCAACAUGGUCACCUGAGCUUUCAUCGAUUUGCUUUAUUAGGAGAGAAACAAACUGUAAAUGUGAGAUAGAGGACAGGACGUCCCCUGAUUGUUGAAGACAAAGGGUCAGGUUUUAGGGUGUGUUGGACUAAUCCUAUGUACAGAUUGGGUGUUCUCUGCCUUGCCUGUCCUAGAUGUGGUAAAUCAAUAUAAGAGUUAACUCAUCAGCUUCUCCCUUCAUGAAAACCAGCUGACCACCGUUGCCCUUCACCCACUUGUGCAUUGAUCCAUUUGUCCCCUAGAGGGCAGGAAUCAUAUGUUUGCAGAAAAGUCUCAUGACCACCUCCCUCAUCUUUUCAGCAGCUUUCGCUACUUGCUUCCACAUCCUUUUGGCUGCCGAGAGAGAUGCAGGAGCUUCCUGGAAAAUCUUGCUAAGCCAUGUGUCAUCCUCCCAAAGUGCUGGCCUGCCCUGCAAAAAGCAUGGACUAGAUUGUAUGUUAUUAUUUACAUAACUAAAUUACCCACAGGCUUUGCAUGGGCACAGUUGCAUCCUUCAUUACCAUGACAGCAAGGCUGGUCUAGCACUUACCGAGAGAAAACGUCCUGUGCACUCUUGGCGUUAAUAUUGGCAGAAAUGAAACACUGAGUAACCUUUACCGCUGCCUCACAUGAGGCAUGUAUGUGUGUGUGUAUGUGGGUGUGAGUGAGUGAGUGUGUGUGUUCACUCCUUUAGACAAAAGCACCCGACCAACCUGUGAGAUUCUGCUUUCUCUGUGGCCUGUAUUAAUGCUUGUUGUUGGCAUAUAUUUUGAUAUAUUUGGACAAAAGGGGGAUAUACAUUAGAUAUUUUUGGAGUAGAAAGAAAUGUGUGUAUAAGAUUAUUGUCACUUUGUCAUGCUUUCUGAAAAUCUGAUAUUUUUUUUUUCUUUUUGAAGAAUUAUAUAUCAUCCCAACUGAUUUAAUGUACUGUUGAGAGAAUAUUUAUAAAUUUUAUGUCCUUUGUGAAAAUUC